CAUUCACUUACUGUGCUGCUGUGGUACAAUGAUUUAAGUUUGAUACAAGGAGAAAAAUUAUGAUUUAAGUCUAGUGGUGUUUUAAACUUAGAAAACAUUUUGUCAGUAUAUGACAAUACCAAUUCUGGAGAACUGGUGAUUGUAGGUCGCUCACUGAAAAUGAAGUUGACACUAAUCGUCCUCCUUGGUAGCUCCUUAGCUGCAACUACUUUGGGCUGGAAAUAUCAUUACACAGAUACAACCAUGAACUGGACCCAGGCCCGACAGUAUUGCAAGACCCAUUACACAGACAUGGUGGUAAUCCAAAGUCAGGAAGAGAAUGAUUAUCUGGUCUCCCUGCUACCAAAUCGAUCUGGGAGUCCAUAUUAUUGGAUUGGAAUCACCAAAAACCACAUGAAUGAAACUUGGACCUGGGUUGGGAAUAACAGCACAUGGGUUGGAAAUGAGUCAUGGGCAGAAAACGAGCCCAACAACAACCACAGCACAGAGUUUUGUGUGGAGAUCUACGUCAACACAAAUAAAAACCGAGGGAAGUGGAAUGAUGAAAAAUGCUCCAACCAAAAAUACGUUGUUUGUUAUGAAGCCCAAUGUAAUGCAACCUCAUGUGGCAGAGGAACAUGCAAGGAGACCACAGAAAACAUAACCUGCCACUGUGAACUGGGCUUUAAGGGACACAGGUGCCAAACAGUUGUGGAAUGCCCCCAUCCGCCACAGCCUGCUUACGGACACUUUAACUGCUCGGGAGGAAACCAGACAUUUAACUCAACCUGUGAACUUACAUGUCCCCCAGGCUUCCUGCUGACAAGCCCAACAUCUAUUACCUGUGAGGCCACUGGGUCCUGGAGUGGUCCAAGACCUAUUUGUACAAUCUACAAACAGGCUCUGCUGGCUGUGGCUGGGUGUGGUGCUUUCUCAGGCUUCUGCUGCAUCUGUUUUUGCUGGAUGAAACAUAGAAAAAGAAAGAAACUUACCCAAGUAAGGCAGCCUGAAGAAGAGACAAGUCCAUCCAGUGAGGUGCAUGGAUGACGGACAACUGGAACUUCAUUUAUGUCUUGUUAAAAUAGAUCUGUAACAACCCAAAUGAAGUUAUAUUAAUUAUAGUUCAUUGUUAAUAAGUAUAGCUGCAGUCACUGGCUGCUUAGACUAUAUGCCAAGACAUGUCAGUUAAACAUUUUGUCUAAUGUACUAUAUCUCAAAGCUUAAUUUGAAUACACUGCAUGAAUAGUGUAUGUGAUGGUUUAUUAUCAGGCUGUGUAUAUGUAAUCUCAAAACAUGCAUUUAAUAACACUGGAGUUUGCAUUCAUGUGAUACUGUUAAUUUGUUAACAAUAAAUGUAAAUAAACAAC